CCGCCCCGCGGCACCAUGUCCCGCCGCAAGAUCUCGUCGGAGUCCUUCAGCUCGCUGGGCUCGGACUGCCCGGAGACGAGCCCCGAGGAGGAGGGCGAGUGUCCCCUGUCCCGCCUCUGCUGGAACGGCAGCCGCAGCCCCCCCGGCCCCGCCGACACCCCCUUCGCCGCCGCCGCCGCCGCCGCGGCCACCGCCGGGGCGCGCCGCGCUCCGCGCCGCCGGCGAGUCAACCUGGACUCGCUGGGCGAGAGCAUCCGCCGCCUGACGGCCCCCGCGCCUCAGACUAUUCGGCAAACUCUUCAAAAGACACUGCAGUAUUUUGAGCAUCAAGUUAUUGGCUACAGGGAUGCAGAGAAGAAUUUUCACAAUAUAUCAAACAGAUGCUCCUAUACAGACUGCUCUGGCAAUGAAGAAACUGAGGAUGUCUCAGGAAUUCUUCAGUGUACGGCUAAUGUACUUGGUCUGAAGUUUGAGGAAAUGCAAGAAAAGUUUGGGGAGGAAUUCUUCAAUAUCUGCUUUGAUGAGAAUGAAAGAGUUCUUCGAGCUGUAGGUGGGACCCUUCAAGACUUCUUCAAUGGCUUUGAUGCUUUGCUGGAGCAUAUUAGAACUUCAUUUGGAAGACAGGCCACCCUGGAAUCCCCUUCUUUCCUAUGCAAAGAACUCCCUGAAGGCAAUCUCAUGCUUCAUUACUUUCACCCACAUCAGAUUGUGGGAUUUGCAAUGACAGGAAUGAUAAAAGCAGCAGCAAAGAAGAUUUACCACUUGGAAGUGGAAGUAGAACAGGUCACAAAUGAUAAGCUGUGUUCAGAGGGGACAAACCCAGGUAACUGCAGUUGUCUGACUUUCCUUAUCAAAGAACACGAAAAUGCAAAUAUCACAAAAGCACUUCCACCAGGAACUUCCCAGUCCCCUUUAGACCUGAGGAUUAGCAUCAGCACCUUCUGCAGAGCUUUCCCCUUUCACCUGAUGUUUGAUCCAAACAUGCUGAUUCUCCAGCUUGGAGAAGGUCUUAGGAAGCAGCUCAGAUGUGACACUCAUAAAACCCUGAAAUUCCAAGACUGCUUCGACAUAGUUUCUCCUAAAAUCAGUGCCACAUUUGAACGAGUUCUCCUGAGAUUAUCUACUCCCUUUGUCAUUCGGACCAAACUUGAGGAUUCCGACUCUGAAAGUAAAGAUAAGGUGAUGGAAAUUAAAGGACAAAUGAUUCACGUGCCAGAAUCAAAUUCUAUUUUGUUUCUCGGUUCCCCAUGUGUGGACAAGCUGGAUGAACUGAUGGGCCGAGGCCUCCAUCUUUCGGACAUACCUAUCCAUGACGCUACUCGUGAUGUCAUAUUGGUUGGGGAACAAGCAAAGGCACAAGAUGGCUUGAAGAAACGAAUGGAUAAACUGAAGGCAACGCUAGAAUGUACACACCGAGCCCUGGAAGAGGAGAAAAAGAAGACAGUAGAUCUCCUUAUUUCUAUUUUCCCUGAAGAAGUGGCUCAGCAGUUGUGGCAGGGGCAGCAGGUUCAGGCCAGGAAGUUUGAUGAUGUCACCAUGCUGUUCUCGGACAUUGUUGGCUUCACUGCCAUCUGCGCGCAGUGCACGCCCAUGCAGGUCAUCAGCAUGCUGAACGAGCUCUACACGCGGUUUGACCAUCAGUGCGGAUUCCUGGACAUCUACAAGGUGGAAACAAUAGGUGAUGCAUACUGUGUUGCAGCAGGGCUCCAUAAGAAAAGCCUUAGUCAUGCUAAAGCCAUUGCCCUGAUGGCACUGAAGAUGAUGGAGCUUUCAGAAGAGGUUCUCACUCCAGAUGGAAGCCCUAUUAAGAUGAGGAUAGGCAUUCACUCAGGUUCAGUGCUGGCUGGCGUCGUUGGUGUAAGAAUGCCACGCUAUUGUCUAUUUGGGAACAACGUCACCCUUGCAAGCAAGUUCGAGUCAGGAAGUCACCCACGCCGCAUCAAUGUCAGUCCCACCACAUACCAGCUUUUGAAAAAGGAAGAAAAUUUUAUUUUUAUCCCUCGUUCCCGUGAAGAGCUUCCAGAAAACUUUCCAAAGGAAAUUCCUGGGAUCUGUUACUUUCUUGAGGUCAGAAGUGGUCAGAAGCCGCCAAAACCCUCCAUCACAUCUGCCAGAGUGAGAAAGGUUUCUUACAACAUUGGCACCAUGUUCCUCCGGGAGACUAGCCUAUGAGGCCUGCUGCAGAUCAAAGACUCGUCAAAAAAGCACAAGCCCAGAACUGGGUCAUGACAGGGGAGUUGGAAGUUCUUUGUAUGUCUCUGCCUUGUUCUGAACAGGCAGUAAAAGCUCCAUGUAAUGUCAGGCAAUAAUCAUUUUAAAAGGUGGGUGACUGCUGUCAGUAAAUAAAGUGGAGAUAGGAAAAAAAAAUAUUAAGCAAUUUAUUUCCACUUCCAGAGGAAUUUCUUUCGUAAACUUCAGUCUGGCCCCUCUAUGGCAAACAAAACGAAACAACACCCCAACUCUCAAAUUAGAGGUUGGUUUUGUUUUGUGCAGAAAGGAUGGUGGUUCUCUGUAGAUUUGCACCAGCUAAGCAGAAUUGAGAGUCAGUUCUGAUUAUGCAUUCCUACAUUUAAUGUGUUCUUCAGUAAGGUAAUGAUGUUUUUUAACUUUAUGAACAAGCAUUUCAUACAUAUACUGUAGAGCUGUUGUAACCUUCCUGGCAGGAGGAAUUAUAAUUUAAUACAAAUAUUGUAGGAAUUUUACCUAUUUUUAUACAUAUUUCACUUUCUGGAUAAUUACAUUCCACAUACUGUAAGCUGAGUGAGCUUAGAUAGCUUUUCAGAAGAAGUUGCUGUAUAUUUCAUACAUUUUACCUAUCAAAUGUAUUAUUAUACUAGUAGGAAGAAGGCAUUUCUUGACUUUUUUUGGCAACAAAAAUACCAAUAUUUUACAGGAAAAAGACCCCACUUUGGUAAAUCUCUUUACCUGAUGUUUAUGCUAAAGCUUUAGAUGAGCAUUGUCUUCUUAUAUAAAAUAGUGUUCAGUAUUUGUCCUACAGUGCUGUAUGUCUAGUCCUUCCAGAACAAUGCAAAGUGCAGAAGAUCAAUGUGUAGACAAACAGAUAAGUUCUCUUCAGUGGGGUUUGUUUGCCUUCUAAAUUAUCAGGCAGACUGAAUUUUGGUAGAAGCCCUGAACUUUUUAAAAAAAUUUGGUCCUGUGAAAACUUAUUCUGAGGAAUUCCAGCAGACACUGGAAGCUUUCUGGAUACCAGUUUUCCAUAUUUUUUUAUUUGGACUUGUGCUCCUAGUCCAGAUUGUAUAUUCCAAAUCCAAUCUGUUAAUAAUGAUUGCUCAUACGGAAAUUUCCUCUGUUGCUGGAUUGGCUUGAAGGUCUCCUGCUUUAUCUAAUGAAGGUCAAAAAACUACCAAAAAGAGGAAGGCAGUACUUUCCCUGGUUAUUGGAAAUGGCUGUUCAAGAUUUAGAUUAGUCUAGGUCAAUUGAAAAAAAGAAAAAAAAAGUCCAGUUCUUUCCUGUUAUAAAUUAAUAUAGUAUUAUUGUCUUCAAUUAAUCCAGUGGAAGCAAGAUGUGUAUCUGUCCCCUAAUAGGCACAUUUUUCAGCAUUGCUUAUUUCUCAGGUUUUCCUUUUCAAAAUAAUGGCAGACAGUUUUCCUCUGUAGAUGUACUGCCUUUGGGGUUGUACUGAUGUGGGCUGUUGUCCUGGACUUGCAUAUUGUUAGUUAAAACUUGUGCAGUGAUUUAAAGUGGCUUUGCUUUACAUGAGCAUUAAUCAAAACUCACUGGCAUCAAAGGUAAGACUCAGCAGCACUAGGAGGCAUGAGAAACUUUGCAUUUAUCUAAUCCAGACCAGAAGUGAGUUUGCUUAUCGAUUUGGCAGCCAUAAUGUGAGACACGUUAUGAAAAUAAGUAAAUAACUUUCACCAUAUGUCCAGAUCAUCCAGUUAGAUCUUUCUGUCUUGAACGUGUACAGACUUCAGCAUAUCAAGGACAUCUGAACUUAUUAUGCAGGAGUGGGGUUUUUAUUGCCUGAGGAGGGUAGGUGCAUGGGAAUUAGCCCAGAAAUUUCCUUGAAUUGAAAUUCAUUCACUUUCUAGAGCAACACUGAUAUUGGAACAUUAAUAUUAGACCAUCCUUGGGAUUGGAGGAGUUAAUCUUUUAUCUCCCUUGAUAAACAGUAUCUGCAGUUCUAUGGCCUGUCUGAAAAAUGACUUAUAAAAACUGUUCAAACUUGAGGUUACAGAAUUUCCACCCAAACUACAGAUCUUACAAUUUUCUGCCCAGGAUGACAAGUUUUAGCCUAUUAGUUUGCACAGACACAGGAUGUAGCAUGCAUUUUUUUCCCUGGGAACACCAGUGAGACAUGUAAGAAUCAUAAAAGGAUCAAAGUUCAUGUUUCACCAGUGGAAGAAGAACGCCACUUCCCAGCUAAUAAAUCUGUGGUUUUGAUGUUUAUAUCUAGUUCCCUAGAGUGAAGAUUUUUCAAAUAACCAUCAUUAGAUUGAGAUUUCAUUCUGACUUCACUGGCACAUCCUUAUUGUUCAGUAGGUGCUGAUAUCAGAGUGCCAAUCUCUCUGGCCAAGAUCUUUUUCUCUUCUCACCACCCAUAGUCCUGUAUGAUGAGAACAAACAUAGAGGUUCAGACCAAAAGCUUGUGGCUCAACUUGUCUCAGACAGUUGCCAGUAGGAAAUGCCUUAGGUUAAUUCUGUAGCUGAUCUUGUUUGAGGGAAACAUUUUCAUAGGAAAUGGUGGAUAAAUGCUCAUUCUACUAGCAAAUUGGAGAAACCGUCUAAAACAGUUGUGUCACCAUCCUCAUCCUCUCAGAUACUCUUUAUUGUAUAAGGAAAUUUAUAGUCACAAAGAUGUAUGGUGUCAGCAUCACCAUGGAGACAAUGACAGUGUUUGCAAAUAAAUCACCUAACUCCCCAAAUUAGAGCAGACUUACUGUGUAAGAAUAUACUGUCUCUGCUUUUUAUAAGCUUGUGUAAAGGUAGCAUACCUAGAACUUCAGCACUGAUGCUAAGUAUAAUGUUAUUGUUUCUGUGUUAUGACAAGGGAAGUUAAUAAAAAAAUUUGGGCUAUCUAGGGACAUUUUUCUAUGUAACUGUGAGAAAAGUGUAAAACAAAUUCUCAGCACUUUUUAACUUUGUAGUUGCAUCAGCUGCCUUGAAUUUCAGGUUGCAAGUUUUUUUUUGUUGGACACCUUUGUGAAGUUAAAUGAAAUUCAUUAUCAAGAGUGAUGCUGUGAUGCCAAAUAGGUGGUAGUCAGACUCAACAACGCUUACUUUUAGUGACAGGGAAAAUGUUCUCAUUGGCCUGGCAUUGUCUUCAUAAAUAAAAAAGUUCUCAGAAUGUUUUACCUUGGAAUGAUGAUGAGGAGAGGUUAGAGGAGCUAAAAUGGAUGCAGAAAUCAUAUACUGUAGUUGAAAUUUUCUUUCAAUACUUUCCUUGCUAUGAAACAGAUGGUCUUUUGUUCCUCUGAGUAAGAAUGUACGUGCUUGUGUUUCUUCACAUAGCUACAAGUAGCCACAUCUGCUGUCUUGAGUUCUGUGUGGGACAAAUCCACCCCUCUGAAGAGAGAGGGAGGAGAUCUACUACAUAGUGUCCGAACAAGGCAAAGGAAAGCUGACUGGGCUCAUCGGUCUCUUGGCUACAAACCUGUUCUGUGCAUCUUCCCCCUGCUCCAGUCUCAGAGUGAUGAGAGACCACGAACUGAUCACAGAGGCAGAUCCAGUGGUCUUUUUUUUGUGUACAAAAUUCAUGAGGCCCAAGUAAACAGACUCAACAGUCAUUCCUGCAGAGCACUUUUUACAGAUCUUGUGUCAGAUUUUUCCAUCUGGUUGAAGCUCCCCAUCGCACAGGCUUUUCUGUGAUGCAGUGCAUAGAGGUCAGGAACUCAGAGCAAGAAGGAAAUAGUGAUGGAAGUGGUAGAGUGGUGGAUAACUUUUGUUCUGCAUCACUCUGGUAAUAUUUGCCAUUCAAAGACAAAAGCCCCUGCAUGGGAGAAUUGCUACUAAACCAGGACUCUCCAAGUGUGGUUUUCUUGCAGGAUCCCAAAGGAUAUUUCUUUUUUUAAUUCCAGAGAGCCAAUAGUCAUUAACUGAGAUUGUGGUUUUGGCUUCACUGCUCAUUCCCACUUCCAGUUUCAGAUCCGAGUCUGUUUAGAAAGACAUUUUGAAGCCUGGAAGCAUGCCUCUGCAAACAGAAAACCAAAGCUUUUAAAACCUGGGAAAUCUUGUAUGGGAAUUGCCUGUUCUGAAGAAAUCCUUGUGGUUGAGUCAUUAACAGGUCACACUGCAGUUCAUGUAUACAUAUACCAUUUUACAAUGCUAUCUCUUCUUGUGCUUAUGGUGCUCCCCACCAAGUGUAACAGCAGGAUCAGGUGUAUUUAACAGCCCUCUUAAUUUUUUUCCUAUAUAAACCAAGCAGUGCAAAAUCAUGACAUGUUGCAUGUAUUUAGAAGUAUCAGCACUGCACUGUGGCUUAAACUCUGAUAAGCAAUUUCACACUGUAUAUUUCUUUUUCUGAAGAGAUCCUUCUCCCCAGCCAUUUAAAAAUGAAGGGAAAAGAUACCAACAAAACUGCUGUGUUGAAUUGGAAAUGAGUCUGAAACCACCAUCAGUUGUUUGGGCAAGUUUAACUGCUGGACGGCUUUCAGAUUCUUCAGCUGCCACAAGCUGCCACACUUGCAUAUUCUUGCAGACCAUCCUGCCAAGAAAUCUGUAACCCAACAGCAGCAUUGCAAACUUAAGACAUUUUCUGGGUUUUCCUCUUCAGGUCUCAGGCCACUACUUCACCUCUGCUGAGUUCUCAGAGCUCACUGAGAAGAGCGAAUUCCCUGUCCUAAUGCAGUCCCAGAGCUUCUGGCUUCAUUUUUGGGUUCUGGGGAUUUUUUGCAAAAUUUUACAUGCGUAGCAUUGGAAAUAGCAAUAUGCUUAAAUUAGCAACAAAACAAGAAGCUUAAAAAAGCUUGUCAAACUCAGAAAAAGUUGGUUCCCUUCCCUCAAGGUAAUACAUUAUUUAUAGCACUGUGCUAGGAUUGAGGGUGCCAGUGACAGUAGAGGCUGUGGAUGAAUUGAAGAUGCUGAGUGUGCAGGAGACUCAACAGGCAGGAGUUAAUUGGCUUCUGCUACUGUUCAUAAUUCCAUCAUCUUGCGUGCUCUGUUCUGCUCUUGAUCAGGCUUCUGCUAUUCAAAAGACCUCCACUUUCCUUCCCUUAAUACACUGUAUGUGAUAUAGAUAGUGAAUAAUUUCUAUUAUUGUUCUUAUUGGCAUAUAUUGUUGACAUGGCUGCUUAUAUCUAAAGAAUAACUGGGGUUAAGGGGCUGAUCUUUCUCUUCCUUUCAGCAAAGACAAAACUGUUAAAAUGACACGGCAGGCACUCACAUCACUAGAGAGGGAGAAGACUGCAGUGCAAAUUGUCACUGGUGGAUUUGGCUGAAGUCAGUGCAUUAACAGUCCAUGGCAUGUUUUUAGCAUGUUUUAUCUGUGCAGAUAGGAGUUACUCCUUAACAACAUUACUAAUUUGCAAUGCAUGAGCAGGCUUACAACAAAAAUCUGUAAACUGUUUAACCUCAUAAUCAGGAUUGAUCUUUCAUGGCUUGGCUGUUAAUCAUGCAUGAAAGCAAGAAAAACAGUGAAACUGAGGAAGGCAACAAUUCAGUCACAGGCAACAGGUCAUUCACCUCUGCACAUGCUUUCUUGUUCCUGUGACUUAGAAAGGUUGACCUCCAGUUAUCUGUGGUCCAGGUUAGUAUCUCUGUGUCACUAUGACAACGAAAUGGCCUAUGAAAACCAGCAUGGAGCGUUUCAGUCUGCUUCCCCCUGGGCUGGGAUUCACAUUAGAGAGGCCAAUACAGCAUGUGAUGUAAAGUGGCAACUAUGCUGGCAGCCUUAGCAAAAGGAUCAGUGGAGGCAGAUGUUAAACCAGGUGUUUGCUCCGGGAACUUUAGUUUCCAAGGUAGAGUAAAACAGAACAUGUUUUAUUUUGGACAAAAAGAUAAGACAGAAUUUCAGAGAAACAAGUGUUUACCAGGGAGGCAGCGGAUUUAAAGUGAAUCAAGAGCAACACACUGGCUACCUUGGUGGCAGCAGUGCCUGCAGCUCUCUGGCCCGCUUUGGUUCUCCAAGAAUCAAGUUUCCUCUGAAGACUGGAGGACAGGUAAAUGUUUCAGGCACUUGUCCCCUCUACUCUAGAUACAGCAUGAGGCUGCCUAAAUCCUUGAAUGUGCUUAACUUUCUCAGUGACCACAGAUGCAAAUCUAGACUAGAAAUCUGGUUUUUUUUUGAGAAUGGCCAAGAUAAAUGAGAUUGAUCCCACUGAUUUACAUUCUUUUCAGCCCAGGUGCUGUUUCUCAGAUCUUCUAGUCUUACUGCUUUCCAGCAUUUUGCAUUGGCCAAAAUAAAUCGAAUCAAAUUAAGUGUCAGAGGGAUAGAUAAGGAUAUUCCAGGAUAAAUAAAGAUUUGAUAUGGUAGCCAUAGUGACUGUCAAGAACACGUGCUACUGCAGUUCUGCAAACCUCUACUCCUCGUAUCUGAAGCCUUCACAGAUGAGGCUGGCACUGCCAAUCACCACUCCUGGAUGCCAUUAAGACUGUGAUUUAGAAAAGCUUUUCAGGUCUGAGCUCUUAGCCCAAUUAUGCAAAACCUCUGUGCCAAGUUCACCUGAAGUGUAUGCUAGAAUGCCUGUAUAAACCCUUUUAGUUGUUCUGUAAUAAAGAUGGUGAUAACGUAAAUUGUAAAGAGCAGAGACAGAGUUGCCAGGUUAUCAAUACCAUACAUUUUUUGUGCUUUUGUGAAUUUGUAGGCCCAGAAUUAACUUUCCAUGAGUAGAAGGUCUCACAUUGAGCUACUUGUUUUCUAGGUAUUCCUUAGCAAUACUCUCUAAUGACUACACUUAAAGCAAUAAAUAAAGCCAUGCUAAUCUCUUCUGUGUAGACUCCUGUACACGUAUCACCUUAAAAAACCACUUUCUAGCAGAACAUUAAGUGGCAGAAUAAUGCCCUGGCAUUUGUUUGUCCUUCCAUCCUUUUCCUCACAGAAGAAGAGCAUGUAGUGGAAUCAUUUGAUUUUAUGAGGUGGUGUCUUUUUGUUAGUUUUCUAAAAAUAUAUGUUGCUAUUUACUUAAAUAAGGAAGAGCAAAAUCAGAACUACAGAUCAGAAUUAGAAAAGAGUUUUGGUUGUAAACAGAGUAUUUUAAAAGGCUGCCCACUGAGUAAGACUGUUCUCACAUCCUAGAAAAAAGAGUACUGGUAAGAGAUGUAAGAUAUUCCCAGAUAUAAAUAUGAACAAUGAAAAAGGCAGGUAUAUAUAAUGGAUGACUUCUGCUUUAUGCACAACAGUAAACAGAUGCUAAAACUGAUUAAUACCCAGAGAGGGCAAAUACUGUUUACUCAAUUCUGGCAUUUGUUUAUUGCCAGUACUCCUCUAAGGUGUUAUUUUUUCCUUCCCUAAAGAGAUUGGAACAUACUGUUAAAUCAAUAUCAGAGCUUCUGAACUUAUUGCAAAAGAGCAAGGUUAGAAGUGAAUAACCAUCAAGAAGAGAUUUUUUCAGAAGUGAGCCAUUGCAUCACAGAACAGAUCAUAAGGAAAAGAGAAAAAGAGUUACUGACAGGUAUAUUUAUUUUAGAAGUUUCUAUGGCACUUCUGGUUGAUUGAAAUCAUUCUGAAACUGUAUACUCAAAGCAUGGCUGCCCAGUUCAGAUUAUUUGUAUUUGCGAAGAAGAAGAAGGUAAAGUUUUUGAAGUCACACAAGGGACUUACUUCUCAAUCUCAUUUUCUCUGCUUAAAUGCAACUUCUUUCUGAAGGUUGAAGGAAACUUUGCUGAGUGAUCCUGAGGUUCUGAAUGCCUAAAUAAGUUUUGGAAAUGUGGGUUAUAAAUCUGUAUCAUUUAUGUUUCUUUGAAAUGCUGUUCAUGAUAAUGUAUAAAAGCAAAUUCUAAAGUAUCCAACCAGCAGCAAAGGUGCAUUUUUCUAGUACUAACCUGUGCUGAAUGAGGAAAUGUGGAUUUUUUCUAAUCUAUGCAGUUUUUUGUACCUUUUUUCAAAGUGAUGCUCCCAGAUGAGUUGCUGUGAGUGUAUGAAUGUUCUGAUUUUCAGUGGGGAUGGGGCAUGUUACCCCCAUUUAUAAUGUGAUGAGGGAUUGUAAGGGAGAAAGCACUGUUAAGCCAAUUCCAUCGAAUUCAACUCAUCUAUUGAGGGAGUGUCAGGUGAGUGUAAGUGAUUCUCAUUACAUCUCUAAGUUAAGUCCUAUGUGCUUGUCAGUGUUUAAACAUGUAAGCAUUCCUCUCUGGAAACUUGUCGUAGGUCCUGCAAGUGGAUAGGAAAGAAUCUUACUGAGAGAAAGCGUCUGAAGAAAGCAAAGUAUGUGUGUAGGAGAGAGAAGUUGUGCAUAGAGGUGCUGGUAAUGUUAACUUUCAUCUAUCUGGAAGCUGGAUGACCCAGAGAUUAUUCAUACAUAAUGGAAGAAAGUACUGUACAUAAUGCGAUGAACUCUCAAGGCAUAAGGAUGAAUUUUAGAGGCCAUAAUCCUUAGAUUUUUAGUGGAAUUGCAUGAGAAAUGAACUAUUUUUUUAGUUUGGGUUUGGUUUGGUUUUUUUUAAAUAAUAGUUGUAUUUCUAAUUUCAUAGAAAAAUUGUGGCAGAAAAAGAACGUCUAAGAAGUUUAAAUGCAAAGAGCAUCCUGGUUUUUUGUAUGAUUUGACUUUUUUGGAGGUAGGAGUAGGAAUUCCUUUGUGAGUUUCAAUACCGAAUGCAAAACUAGAUGUAAAACAGAAACCAAGAGCCAUCUCUCCAAAUCAUCAUCUGCUUGAUUCCUUCUUGGCAUAGUGGCAGUUAGCAAGCUACUUAAGGAAUCCAUCGCUCCUAGGAAUGGAUAUCUGGUUUUUUUAACACUGAAAUGGUCAUUCUUUCUCACCAUUUUUUCCCCCCAAAACAGUAUAUAGGUUGGUCUUUGUAAUCACUGGGGAAAGAACAGGAGAGCAGAGGGCAAGGUGCUGGCUGAACAUUCUCUCACUAUGAUCAUAUUUACUAAAGCUUCUCUCUGAGCUGUCCUAAAUUGUGUUAGUUUUGUUAUGCACUUGGAGUAGACAGAUUCUCUGACAGGAUCUUGUGUCAGGCUCUGAAACAGGCAAGUGGGAAGGACUGAGGCUGCCACUCUGUUAUACUGCUCCCAUAUUUCUCUCUUCUGUUUGCAAUUGCCAUUCUGAUCCUUGGACAUCUGUGGUGAUUUUCACAACAAUCAUGGUCAUGGAAGCCAUGGGAAACUUCUUCUUGGGAAGAAUCAAUAUAUGCAGUCCUCCACAGUGUGAAAUGUCACUCUCCAGAGAAAAGGGAUUAGAAAUAGUAUUGUCCUCAAGAGCUGAGAAAACUUGCAGAGAGACAGUUUCUAUAAUUACCAGGAAAACAAAACAGAGAGGCAGGGUUGUGCAGCAGGGACAUCCCAUCUCAUACACACUGCUGUGAUAAUGAAAUCCAAACCCUGUGGAAUUGCAGGCACAUUAUUCUCACUUGCUUUAAAGGUCAGCUAAGAAGCUAAUUUCUCAAAUGGGCUCAUAGCUCAGAGACAACGUAACACUAGUCAUUUCUUCCAACAAAUUGCAGUUGUCAGAGAAACUGAGUAGCUCAUGGAGUUAAAAAUAGACACUGUGAGCUUGCCAGAGAAGGAUUAAUUCAGUAACAAAGGUGAAGGUACAUCAAAAUAUCGUAACGAUUGGAGAAAAAGCAGCAAAAAAUGCUCAACUGAAAGCAAGUUACCCGUAAAAUUACGUUAAAAAUAAUCUGAAUCACAAAGCAGAAGAAUAGCAGGGUUUAGUCUUCAUUCUGUUUUAUUCACCUUCUAGAUCCACCCUGCAGUUUCUGCUUUAUCAGCUAAUCAGUUUGGCUACAGUCCUUUCCAAGUCAUGUACCUCAAGAAAGGCACGAUAAAGACAUUAUUUGAAUACUGAAGAGUAUUUGGCUUGACAUUUCUAUCUUCUUUGCAAGAAGGAGGGGAAAAUAAUUUAUUGCUAAAUGUAUUCAACUGAAAAAUAAAAACUAAAAUCCCCAAAUCCAAAUCUAGUAACAGAGCUACAGAGAAAGCAAGUUUCCAAACCUUGGUAUAUCUUUACUAAAAAGUGGGUAAUUAUUUUCUAUUGCCUCAAACAUUUGCAUUUUAAAGAAUUAUGUUUUGUGCCAUGAUUUUGAAAAUUCAUAUUGCUAUAUUGCUGCUUUCUUGAAUUUAACAAACUAAACAAAACAAACCAGUUCUUCAUUCUUCUUCAGUUACUUAUUUUCCAUAGCAGAGCAAUUCCACAGUUCUGCAUAUGACCCUGAAGUUGCAGCAGUGCACUGCAGAUAGGAAAUCUAAGCCUGUGGUGAAGGUGAAAAGUUCUGCAAUGUAUAGGUUGGGUCUCAGCUGAAGACAAGGCUGGUACUAGUUUCAUGCCGUUUCUACUAUGACUUAAGUAAUUCUUUUUACUUAUGUAUUCAGAAGCUAUCUGAAUUCAGACCUAUAUAUAGGUCAGGAUAUAUAGCUCAGGAAUAAUAUUCACCACUUUCUUUAGAAAUUCUUUCUGUAGCGUGUGUCUUUUCUGCACACCUGUUAUAAAACCUCUGCAUUUCAGAUCUGAAGCAUUGACAAGUGUAGGGUAUAAAUAAUAAAUUAUGCCAGCAAAUCAAAUCACUGUGAAACAUAUUUGCAAAGUAUUUAUGCUCAUUCUCUUUUAGAUAUCUUAUAAGCUAGAUUCCUUUCUCCAAAUUCUGUUGUCGUGGAAGCCUUUGGUCAUCACUGUAAGAGAGGUCAAGACUAAUCUUGGUUUUGGGAUUUAAAUAACAUCUACACGAUUUAUCUGGCAUUCACUGUGUGCCAUUAUUAUCAUGGCAUUAAGGUUCAGUGGUGAAACAGAAAUGUCAGGAUAAGCAGCACCAGCAGUUAUCUGCAUUGCACAUCCUACGCAUUAUGUACACAUUCCAUGGCAUACUUUUAUUUUAUAAAACAUGAUAUGAAUGCUUAAAUAUGUAGAAAAAAAUAGUUAGGAAUAAAUAAUACAAAAUAUAUGAACAUUCCCUGAUAGCUAUCUUGGGAUAUGGAUAUGUUAUCAUCUACCCUUGGGAUUGCUCUGAACAAAUCAUGUAUCUUUGGCACCUAUCCUUGAGUAAAAGGCGUGGCCAUCAUCAUCCCUUUAGUUGUUAAAUUUCAGUUACUUCAGAGCCCAGAGAUUAAUGACACAAGUAUUUUUCAGCCAAGCAUUUUAAGAGAAUAGUAACUGCCUGGGGAUUUUUUCUGAAUAUGGUGGGCUCCACUUUUAGGACUGACUUUAAAUUCCCUCUUGAUUUGAUAUUAACCUUUCCCAGUUCACGAAAAUUCUACUAAAAUUCUUCUUUGCAGGAUCCCGUAGUGUUUUGAGGAGGCUAUGUAUAUUCUGUUUGUGCAAUUCACUGGUGUAACAUAUCAAUAUUAAGGCAUUUUCAGAUCACUAUCCUGGAGAGUCCAACCAAUGUUUCACAGCCACAUAUAAUUCUCUAAUUCUUUUUACCACUUUGCUCUGCCUCUAUUGCCAACUUUAAAGAUGGAACUGAAUGCUACUAAAAAUUAUCUGGUGGUUCAUAUUUAUAUAUUUCAGUGGGAUAAAUUCAUGAUAAGGAGAUACUUUUGCAAAACAAGCGAGUAUUAUUGGCAUGAACUACACAGACUAGGCUCAUAAAGUCAUAGUUCAGUCUCUUCCCAAAGCCUUUGAGAGCGAAGUGAACUUUGCAUGCAAUAUUUCACCUAGAGGAACUGAUAACAAAUUUGCAGAUUUCUGUCAGUGUGAUCCUGACUCUCCCAUCUAAUCAGAAGUCAUGAAAUUCAUGAAACCAAAAAUGGAAAAUCGUAUACUUCUGAUACUUGUUUAAACACUUUUUCCGAGAGUCAUCUGUAAUUCUGAAAUUGGUGAUUUAAGUGGCGAUUCAUUCAGACACAUCUUCAUUUCCUCUGUAGUUAAUUCUAGAAAAAAAUUAACUUUGAUGCCUUAGAGUUGUAUCUUUCAACUUCUCCCUUUAAUUUCAGUGUUGCCAAAGUAAUAUCUGAGGGCUAAUUCAUGUCUAAGGUGGUCAAAACCAUCUAUAAUAAUAGAGAUAUAUGUGUGAAGAUAGCCUGGAUUGUUGUAGGAAGAUGGAUAUUCACCUGAGUUCAUGAUGCUCAGUUUUAGGAGUGGGAAUUUUAGGAAGAGUUAUGAGCUGCACAUUGUUGGUGCGUCACUUACUGAGAGCAGACCAAAGGACAGAAGUGCAGUGGAGUAAAGUUUUAGUCUCAGCUUUGAGUGCUGAGAAUUUCUGCUUGUCUUGUUUCAAACUUCCCUGUUUUGGAAGCUGGAUAAAAAUAUUUGGUAGUCCUAGAAUGUGAAGAUUGACCACCUCAAAGUCUGCACUCCUGUGAAACAGACAAAUCUCCCCUCAGUGCAAAUGCUUUUUGUGUAAUUCUGUAAUACUGGUUUAGUGUUGUCUUAUAAAGCUUCUCUGAAGAGACUUGUACUAGCAUUCUGCACUAACAAGAUUACAACCUUGCACUAUCAACAACGGAUGCUUAGCAUUAAAAUAAUCUUAGAUGCCAUUAAAGACUGCUAAAGCUCUAUCAGGGUUUAGAGCACUGUGACAUUUGUGAACCUAAGCUGUUUGUAUAAAAUUUCUUACAGGCAAAGGAUAAUCUAAUUAAUGACAGUACUUACAUUUUAGUAAAACACAGAGGAGAUAAGGUGGUGUCCCUAGACAUUUCUGUCAACUUAGUGGUUAAGAGAUUAAUUUUAGUACUCUGUAAAGCUGAACAUUAUUUUAAAACAUCAGCCUGCAAUCUACUGGAAAGGGAUGUGGCAAGUUAGAUGAUUUUAGGUUUUGCUGUCAGAUGGCAUGAACAGAAAAGCUCAGAAAGCAUAUAAGCCAAGAUCUUCCCACACUGAAACCAAGGGAGUAAUUGCAAAAUUGAGUCUGGUUAUUUGUCCUGUAACUAGCUGUUCCACAAAGGAAUCCACCUGCCAAUGGAAGCAGAGUCCACACAAAUUAUCACAUGCUGCAUUUCGGGUUUUUUACUGGGAGUUGUUUGGCAGACUUAGUGGUCUGGAAGUUCCAGCAAGUACCUCUGGUUGAAAGUUUCUAUUUCAGUUAUUAUUGCUUCCCCAGAGCAACCAAAGACUUACCUACUUGAAAUAAAAAAAAAAAACAACCAAACAAAAACACGAAAACACAAAAAAAACAAACAAAAAGCAGUGAAGUUUGAUUCUGUCAUUUGUGUCUUUGACUGUGAGCAGUUGAAGUGCAUGAUGUAUGUACCAACCAGGCCUGUGCUGUGUCAUUGAGCAGGUUAUUCAAGGCCACAGCAGCAGUAUAACACAGCUGAAUUCAGUAUUAAUCCCUCCAUGGUAACACGAGUCUAUGUAAAAAAUUGAUGUGCCAUAUGUGUAGGCCAUGGGAAAAUUGUGUGUGCAGUGAACUAUAUAUGGUCUUAAAAGCUUUAACAUUUGUACUGCUCUUCCUAUAACAGUGUAUGUCUUGAUACCUGUGACCCUAUGGGCUUCUGGAAAAAAUGUAAUCUAAAGUUUAUUCUUCUUGUUUUAAAAUCACUGCUUUGUGAGUUACUGUUUACACAGGUCUGCAUACAGCAAGGGGUCUUUCUUCAUGUGUUGCUGGGAAAUAAAAAAGCAGAUGCUAUUUGUAAAUCUUACAGGCUUAUAGAGAUCAGUGAAUGCCUUUACUGAAUCUCCUCCUGAUAAGCCACUUCUUUUCUCUAGCAAAUGCAAACAGUGCCAAUAGUCUGGGCCUUCUUUAAAAUAAACUAGUAAUUUGUUAAAUGGCCUUGUUCUCUUCUGCUUCUAUUGAUACUUCUUAAUUUUAUCUUUUUGCCUCCUUUUGAGUGGGCUUUGGUGAUAUGAUUCUUCCAAAGUGUAGCUGAGGACAGACAGUUUGUCUUUUUUUACCCUUCCUUUUUCAAAGCCACUGAAGGCUUCAAACAAGAAGAAAGAACUUUACAAAACUCAUGCAGGUAUGUUGUUAGAAGGUAGCAGAAGGAUAAAACAGCCUUCUAAGAGUACUCCAGACUAUCUUUUAACAGCAUGCCUGCACUGUGUUGUGACUUGUCAUCUUGCUUUCAUAGUGUGACCUACUAUAAUGGUGUUUGUUACAGUGAGGUCCUUUUAGUUUGUUCUAAAGAUUUUACUUGUUUGUUACCAUAUUAGAAACAUAAUGUGCACUCUAUAAGAAAAGCAAUAUACAAUAUAUUCUCAUCUAUUUCAAUGCCUCUAGUUUUAGGCUAGUAUUCAUAUAAAUGUUUAUAAACAAAGUACAGGUUUUCUUGUUCUUCACAGGACCAAGCAAAGUUUUGCCUUGUCUAAAUAUAAACAAUUGUCUAAAUACUAACAGUUGCACUCUUUUCUCAUGCUUCUAGUUAACCUGUGGUGGGCUCCAUCCUACUGAUUCCCCAUUAAUGCAUUUGAAAUGGAAAAGUAAUGAGCUAUUUCAGUGCAUGACCUUUGCACAGUACCUGAUUCAUAAAGAAAUAGAUCCAGUAUUUCAUUUAUGAGUUACUAGUGAUCUGCAAGACAACAAAAACCCUUUGAAGUUCAGCUGAGUAACUUCUGAAGCUCUUGCAUUGCUUAUUCAGUUUCACAGUUUCUUGAGUCAUUAUAAUGGAUAUAUUUGAUGAAACCUUUGCCAUAGACACUGGCAUCAGUCUUCAUAAAAUCUGUUCUAAUUUCUGUUUUCCAUUAUAUGUGGAAGUGUACUGUAAUGGAGAAAUUAUGUGCAUUAAAAAAAAAAUCAUACAAGUUUUCUUCAAGACAAUUCUCACUUUAUUUGACCUUGUCCUCUGGUAGGUAGCUCACUUUAAUUAUUUUUUGUCAUAUUAGUAACACAAUAUCCAUAAAAACAUUCUCCAGAGAAACUCCGUUGAAGAACAUUUUUUUGUGGCCAGGAUACCUCUAUUUCACAGCUAAGUCACUGAAGAGGUGAUCAAAGAAGACAGAAUAUUAAGACAAAUUGAGAAAUUUUACACACAAAAAAUGUGUGUAUAUGGUUAUAAAAGUGCUACAACAGGGAAGUUACUGAAUUGGAUUUUUUUCCUCAUUAACAUUUGCUUAUACACAUAAGAGCUGCUUAUAAAAUAUUUAUUUUGUCCCUCACAAUCUUUCUUUUGAAGCCAGAAGAGCUUCAAAGUAAAAAAAAAAUGACUUGAUUACUUUGUAUGAAUUACUUAGUAAGUGCAAUCCAGACGCCAAGUCCAUCCAGAUGCCAAGUCCAUCCAGACUGACUUUAGUUGCCACAAAGGUGGCUAAUUCACUGGAAGUCAUUGACAGUUUGGCUUUGUAAGCAUAGUAAUGAGACACUAUGAAGUGCUCCAGUUCAGUUACAUUGUCAGCUGCCCAAAAUACCACCCAGACUAUUUAUUACUUUUCUCUUGUUACUUAAAAAGGCAAAUAAUUAGCUUAAGUCUGUGUCUUUGCAUUAUUCAAGUUCUUGUUUGUGAAGACUGCAUCUGGUAGUAUGUUGCAGUCUUGUUUUCCCAUGGUAGAGAAGAUGGGUUUAUCUCCUUUGUGAUAUCUUUUUUUUCUUUCUGGAAUUUGUUGACAUCUCUUCAACCAUGUCAUUGGCUUUGUUUGGGCUGCUCAAUGCCUGGAAAUCCUGGAUAAAAGACCACGCUAAACACGUGCAGAACAAUUCUUUAUAUCAGGUGAUAAGUUUUGUAUGGAUAUUUUAUGUUUACUGCUAGGGGCAAAUCAACUUUUUAAGUGCACUGGGCUCAUCUUAUGCUAUAGAGCUGAUGUGUGUGGGCACAACACAUGUUGACACAUUGCUCAGCUAGUGCAGACACAUGGUCAUGCACUUCAGUGGGGCAAAUCUUAAGGAAAAAUUUGCAGCAUUUGGAAUUUCAGAUGUUGGCAGGAGUACAUGAUUUGUAUCACCUACUCUCUCUCGUGUCAUGAAAACUGUCUGGAAAUAUAAGAAAAGAGGAAGGCAAAAAAGAAACAAAUGAGGUCAAUUGUGAGGCAGAGCUCAUUUAUCAAAUUUCAUGUCCCACAUGUGGAACUAACACCAUUCAAAUACAGUAGUCAACACUGAUCAUCCAUCUCAUAGGAACUGCAUUUCUAUUUCCAUAGAUAAAAUUUUUACUGAGCAGCUAUAAUAGAAUACUGUCAUGAGGCAAGAGGUGACUUUUCUUUUUAGUAACAACUAUGUAAAGAUUGGUUGCUGAAAUGGUCAAUACCCAAAUACCCUACUGGGACUUAGCAAGUAGGAUUCUCUUUCCAACAAGGUUUUGUGGUAGGAACUUUGAAUGUUCUUGUGAAUCAGGACAGAUCAAUGGUGGUCCUAAGCCUUCACAAGUAAAGCAGAUUAUUGCAUCACAGUCAAAACCCUGGUCAGUACUGCAUGCCAGAAACCCCGUGUUCUGAACAACUGCAGGCUUCCUACCUCCUGGUAAUCCUUGCAAAACAAACCAUGUGGCUCCAGUUUUACCUAAUAUGAGGCCUUGUUUGGGCUAAGAGUCUGCAAAGAGCUCUGAAACCGUAUCCUACACUCCUUGCUGUGCAAAACCACCAUUGGUCUGAUUUUGUAAGAGUUACAUUUGCUGGGUAACGUGUAGCCUGUAAACAGAACCAUAGUCCAAUAUGUUGAUGUGUGGCGCAUUCCAUUUAGGGACAGGCCAGCGCUUUUCCCUGACAUGCAUUUGGAUUGAAAGCUUAGUUACAUGGGCCAUUUAGGCUGCAGUUCCAUGCGUGUGCUCAGGUGAACAGUGAGCAAAGGACCCAGGGGCCUCAUGCAAGGCCCAGCGCAGAUGCUGUGAGCCAGGGUGGGGCACUGCGGCCGUACCUCAUCGGGUGGUCAUAGUGGGGACUCACACGUCCAGUGUCUAAUGCAGCAUUCCAGAUAUCUAAGGACUAAUUUUUCCAUACAUCCUACACACAUGCCUAUGUAUUUUAUGAAUCAGGUCUGUGGUCAAUGUCUUGAACAACUUGUUUGCUGCAGUUUCAUGCGGUUAUUAUCUCGUUGGUUUGCAAUGUAAAUAAUAUUGUACAUCUGCCACUUUAUGAUACAAAUGCCAUGUGAAUUGCUUAUUUUUAAAAUGUUACUACUCUGUUAUGGUUUAUUUGCAAUGCCAUCUGACAGUAUUGGUUUAAUAUACAAUGUAUCUGUAUGGCAUGAAUUCAAUUGCUUAUAUUUUGCGAUGUCAAAUAUUUUUUUGUUUGUUUUUUAAAAUGAUUACAUUUCAUCCUAUGCCCAUCCAUAAAUGUUUCUUAAGUGGCUCAUUAUGUCUGAAAAUAUUGCUUCCUCUCCAGUAGUGCAGCCAUAAAACUAGUAUUCCUGAUCAAAAUCAUCAGAUAUACCAUCUAACAAUUUCAGAUUAGAAAUAUAUGUACAAAUAUGUAAGCAUUUAUAGUUAAUCAGAACAUCUACUAUGUCUUCUUUGCUUUAUAUGCAAUGAUACAUUUUAGUCAUUUUGUAUACUUUUUAUUUGUAAUUAUUUGUGAUUCAUACACAGUGUAAAUAACAUGUUUCAUUAUGCAAGAUUUCUAGGUAUUCAAGAUUUUAAAAAGUUGAAUUUGUAUAUGAAAAGAAAUUGACAGUAGAUUGGAAUGACAUAAAAUAAAGUGGUGAUGACUGUGUUCUAUUUAUACUGUUCAUUUCCAAAUUGUAUGUUAAAGAAAACACAUUUAUUUGCCCUUUAAUGUUCAACCACUUAUUUGCAGUAUAUUUACAUCAAUAAAUCAUGUAAAAGCCUAUUAAAAGUCAUAA